AUGUCUGCCGGGAAGCUUUACACGUACCCCAAAGCCCCUCGGUCUACCAUGGUGGUCUUCGUGGCCAAGUACAACAAGCUCGAUGUGGAAAUCUGCAACGUCUUCCCCAUCAAGGUGUACCCGGAGAAGGGAGGAGUAGGCGAGGAGUACCUGUCCAAGUUCCAUACGGGCAAGGUGCCCGCCUUUGAGACCUCGGACGGUUUCUGCGUUUAUGAGAGCAACGCUGUUGCCUGGUAUCGUGAGUGCAUACGUACCUGUCCAGCUUUGAACUCGAGCACUGCGCGGAAACUAUGUCUGACUUCGUGGUUCCGGCAUCAAGUGGCUAAGCAGGACCCCAACACCAAGCUGUGUGGUUCCAACAUUCGGGAGGAGACCACUGUCUUGCGUUGGGCUUCCUUCACCAACUAUGAGCUACUACCUCCGAUCAUGGCUUGGAUACAGCCUGUCAUCGGCAGGGCUCCUUCAAGCCCUGAGAUCCUAGCCAGGGCAGAAGAGAGCUGCGAACUCACUGUCCGUGCCAUCGAGAAGGAAAUAAAGGACAAGGAGUUUCUUGUGGGUGGCACCCUCACCCUCGCUGACCUGUUUGUUGUUUCCGGUCUGGCGAGAGGCUAUCAAUAUGUGUUUACAAAGUCUUGGGCGGAGAAGCACCCGAUUGUGCACGAGUACUACAUGCGUAUCCGUAAUGACAAGGACGGCAUCUUUGAUAGCAUUCUCGGACCGUGUGCCAUUCGGGAUGAGCCCGGAGGCACAUACCCUGACUACGAUGGCCUUAACUGA